AUGUCAAUCGGCGUCCCUUGCCUCUGGGUGCCCUGGUUGUCCUCACCAGCUCCCCCGUCGCUGGCAAUCACAUCUCAUCUAUCCACAGUUGCUCGUCAUGGAGAGCAGGUUUCUUCGACGCCAUGGACGGUUUCCCCGCUCUUGACGCUGCCUGGGGAGCGAGAAACGACGAUCUCUCUUCGAGAAUCGUCGUCUGCGGAAAUGCAACGGGCUGGUGCGAAGGCUGAGAAUGCCUUGACCACUCCGGUGCCUGUGAGCGCGCCGGGCUCGGGCUUGGCCUCUGACCCGUAUCGCGGGAGAGAUAUCCUAUCGGACGAUGUGGCUAGUCCUAUGCCUAGAGCGGCGAGAGAAGAUCUUCUGACACGAGCCAAGCUAGAGUUUCUGGUUCGGAGCCAAACGAGUUUGUCAAUGUCUCAACUGCACAUCGGGCCCUGUCGCACUGGAGAGACGACCAGUGCUCCCCAGCCUAGUCUGGACGCAAAUGAAGAGCACGAGCACGAUAGAGAUUCCCCGAUCGGUCCUGCAGAUCGGAAGGGAGAGACGAUAGGCAGCGAUAUGCCUCACAUAUCACCAUCACUGGAGAAGAAGAAGAAACUAAAGCGGUUUCGGUUAACACACAAUCAAACUCGGUUCCUAAUAAGCGAGUUCACUCGCCAGGCACAUCCAGAUGCUCCUCACCGAAAACGUCUGUCGCGAGAGAUUCCAGGCUUAACGCCACAUCAAGUCCAAGUGUGGUUCCAGAAUAGGCGAGCCAAGCUCAAGCGUCUGAUGCCAAACGAUCGCGAAAGAAUGCUGAAGUCGCGAGCGUUGCCGGAUGAUUUUGACACUACCAAAGUCCUGCGCACGCCGUUUGAUAACAAAUCGACUAGACAGCUCCCCGUUGCCUUGCCACAGGGCUAUGGGGUCCCGAGCCAGAGCUUUGCGGAGUGGAGAGCGCUGCGCACGGAUCGUUUCCAACGUCCACACCCAGCCGACUACGUCGUCUCCCCUCUUAGCUCUGCGUCGACCACACCUAUUUGUCCGAUGGACCACUGUGUCCCACGGCACCCUGGUGGGAUAAUGGCAGCACCAUACCAUCAGCACCAGUUGUUUAAGGGCUCGGUAUCACCGACAGAUUCUCAGGGACCGCCAAUAACCUAUGACAUGAGUAAUAUCGGCUCGCAACCGCAAAGCAAUCGGUUACAGUCACAUCACGCAAUGGAGCCACAAAUACCACCUCACAGAAGAACUCUGUCGGCUCUCCAGUCCCUCCUAGUCUCCGCGCCCCACGAAUACCAACAAUACUCAUAUGCCAGUCCCUCGGGAUCCAUGGCUGGCCUUCCCUACACUCAAUCCAACGCCUCCACCCUCAGUCUCCCGACAUCCUUUGCCCCAUCCGAGUCCUGA